AUGCAACAUGACCUCGAGACGCGUAUCCUUUUAGAACGGGAAAAGACCAAAUACUGGGCGCGAAUUUUGCUAUUGUUUCCUCUCUUACCCGUGUGCCUCGCACUCACAACGAUUGUCUUCGGUGGCGUAAUCAUAAAUGUAGCCACUAACAAUUGUAAUGCUGAUCUCAUGAGAUUUUUGCAGGGCGCGGUGGUGCUUAGCCACGUGCUCGUGUGCUUCUACACAUAUUGCUGGAUGGGGCCGUGGCCAAUUAAAAGCCUGCGCACCGUGCGGGUCUUUUACUUCAUCUACGGUGUUGUAUGUGUGCUAUGGUGGGGACUUUACGGAACAAUGCAGGCGGUCACGGCCACCAGCUCAGGCUUUGAAUCAUGUUUAUCUAUGUCGCCAACGCUGUAUAUCUUCUCACAGUAUGAAGUUGUUGUCUUUUGGAUCGCAUUCAUCCCAGCUGUUGCUUUUUUUGUAAAUGAGACCACAGCACGCUUACGACAAAACAAACUUAUUGAAUGGACACAGACGAAGAAGACAGUCAAUCGCGUCAAACAACAACAGAAAGACUCUCAUGACCGCAUAUUAAAAGAUACGUAUGAGGAAGCGCAAAACUUUGAAGAACAGCACGAAACGAGUUUAGCUAGCGAAGAGCAAGCCUACGGUAGUGAGAACGAGGAAGAUGCUGAAGAACGGAAUGAGAAUGUUGAAUAUAUUAAUGAAAUCAACAAAUAG